UUGAGUUUCUUUCAAAAAAUUAUUGUUUGUUUUUUAAUUUUGUAUUUUUAUUCUCAGAGUUAUGUCGGUGCCCGCUUUGAGGCCAGUUGUUCGACGUACCAGCAGAUAUCCCCGAAGCCAUGAAAUUCCAGCUCAAACUAGAAAUCUCUAUCUGGCCAUAAUCAUAAGCAAUUAUUGUGCAUUUUGUUUUGGCAUCUGUGUUGGCUGGAGUAAUCCAGCCGAGUGGCGAAUCUUAAAGCAUAAUAUCUACAAGUUUAAGCCAACCAGAGAGCAAUGGGAAUUAAUCUCCUCCUUCUUGCCACUUGGAGUUCUUGUUUGCUGUCUACCGAUGGGAGCUUUAAUGAAAUAUCAAGGCUGCAAGUCUCUGAUGUACAUCCAAGUGGUGCCCUACACAUGCUCCUGGAUUCUGUUUAUAUUCGCUAACAGUGUUUAUAUGCUCUAUGUGGCACGCUUUUUACAGGGUAUAUGUGGUGCGGCUGUUUGUCAGGCGGUGCCCAUCUAUCUCAACGAGAUUUGCCAGCGGAAAUAUCGUGGUUUGGUUGGCAGUUUAUACUAUGGAGCCAUUCUCUAUGGCAUCAUCUACAAUCACGUAUUGAUGGAGCACAUUCGAAUGCAGACCGUGCACAUAGUUAAUCUUGUAUUGGCUCUUCUGUUUGGAUUCCUCUGGAUUAUACCCGAUUCGCCUUUUUACUAUGCAAGUGUUCACAAAUCAAAGAAAGCUCGUUCAGCCUUGAUCUGGCUGCGUGGCAAGCAGCAUAAUAUUGAUGAUGAGCUUAAGACCAUGGUUGUCCUGGUAGAUAAUGAGUUGGAUCCCACUAAAGAUUGGUGGCAAAGCUUCAAGUAUUCAGUUCGAGUAUCAAUUAUCAUUCGAAGCACCGUGUUGAUGAUAAUACACUAUUUGGGUGGCGGACUGAACGUCUUAAUGUACAUGGACAAUUUGCUAAAAGAACUUGCCGACAAGAAGUACUAUCUGACUUGUCUAUGGGUGCUAUGCUGCUCCAUGGUGCUUGGCCAUUUGAUUUGUCUCCUCUUAGUCGAUCGCAUUGGCCGACGUCCGCUUCUGAUGGUAUCAACGCUGAUCUUAAUCGUCUGCUCUUUGUAUCUCUGCUGUUGGUUCCGAUUGUCUGGCAACAAUUUUCAAACCAAGUUUGUAAUCUAUUUGUUCGUUGUGGCUUAUACCAUGGGCCUUGGACCAUUGGCUUGUCUUCUCAAUGUGGAACUCAUUCUGCCCACUGUGCGUCCUUACGGCUGUGCCAUGUCGAAUCUGUUCGGUUGGCUCUCGGUUUUCUUUGUCAUCCAAUGGAUUUUCUAUCGCAACUAUGAGUGCAUCAUCUUUGAGUUUCUGGUCGUCAUCUUAUUGCUGUCAAUACUUUUCAUACUCAUCUUUCUGCCGGAAACAAAGCGUCUGUCAGCUACGGAGAUUCAAAGUAAAAUGCACGCUAGUUGGACGUCAUACAAUUCCAGUGAUGAAUCGUAACAAACUUUGAAUAGAAAUUUAAGCAAUUUUAUGUAUUGCAUCGUAGUAAUUAUUCUUAUUUCUGUAAUGCUCGACAAAGUUGCAAAGCCAGAGCUAAAGUAUAUUUGAUGCUGGAGCAAUAAAUUGGAGU